GGUAUACCUUUUACUUACGAGUCGGUUUGAGCAGACGGCGGAUGCCUUUUGGGCCGCUGAGGCCGCCGUUAGGGGCGUGACGACGCAUCCGCGUUCCGGCAGUUACAGUUCACGUGCGGCAGCGGCGGAUCUUCUGCUAAGAGCUACCAUGACCGAGCCGGGGACUUUGAACCUCAAUAAUGAGGUUGUGAAGAUGAGAAAAGAAGUGAAGAGAAUCCGAGUUUUGGUUAUCCGAAAACUUGUGAGGAGUGUUGGCAGACUGAAGUCAAAAAAAGGUACCGAAGAUGCACUGUUAAAAAACCAAAGACGAGCACAACGACUGCUCGAAGAAAUUCAUGCCAUGAAGGAGUUGAAACCUGAUGUAGUAACUAAAUCUGCUCUUGGUGAAGAUAUCAACUUUGAAAAAAUCUGCAAAAAGCCUGAUUCGACUGCGGCUGAAAGAGCAGUUGCUAGACUAGCAGUGCACCCUCUUCUGAAGAAAAAAAUAGAUGUGCUGAAAGCUGCUGUCAAAUCCUUUAAAGAUGCAAGACAAAAUGUUGUUGAAGAUAAGUCAUCAAACAGUGCUUCAAAAGAAAAUCAUUCCAAGGACACUUUGUGUUCAAAUGAUGAUGCCAAUAAGUUACAGCAUGAAGGAACUAUUAUCUGUGAACAAGAAGAGAAGGAAGCCAAAAUAUUGGCAAAGAAACCGAUAAAUAAUUCAAAAGAAAAAAUAGCCAAGAUGGAUCAUGGACCCAAAGCAAUGGACAUCCCAAAUUCUCUGUCAAAGCCUUCUGAAAAAGAUUCUGCAACUCUUUCAACAUUGCAGAAGAUACCUGCUGACCCCAAAAUGAAAGCAUUAAGUGAAACCAAAAAAGUGAAAGAGUCCAGUAGCUCACUUGAUGUUGACAGUGAUGGAGAAAAAUUACACGAAGAAGAGAAGGAAUAUUUUGAUGAUAGCACAGAAGAAAGGUUUUACAAACAAUCUUCCAUGUCUGAGGAUAGUGAUAGUGGUGAUGACUUCUUCAUUGGGAAAGUCAAACGGGCACGGAAGAAGGAAAGUAGUUGUCGUUUUUCAGAUAAGGAACAAAACCCCCCCAAAAAAUUGUUGCUUGAAGAAGAUAUACCUAAAACCCAUCAAAAUUUACAAAAUGAUAAAAACAAGCCACGUACAGAGGCAAGGAGGUUUGAAUCAGUGUUUUUCCAUUCUUUAUCUGGAUCUAAGAGCCUUGAAAGGAAUCACAGAGAACAGGUUCCAAGAAGCAAAACCCUGGAUUUUCAGCACAUUGAACCUCAGAUCAAGAAUCAGUUUAAUAAGAAAGCACAAAGAGGAUUUGAAAAUACAAAACAGAAAUCACAGCUGCCUCUUCAUCCUUCAUGGGAAGCAAGCCGGCGGCGAAAAGAACAGCAAUCCAAAAUUGCUGUGUUUCAGGGGAAAAAAAUUACCUUUGAUGAUUGAUCAGUACUAUAUUUUUGUUAAUUUCUCUGUCUAAAUUUGAUUUUCUUCUUAUUUUUUAAACUAGCUCAUUAUUUAAAUAUAUAUUUAAGUAAGUCUCUGAAUGGGUUAUAGAAAUGAGUUGGUUUUGUCUUUUUUUAAGUGUGUUCGUGUUAUGUUUAAGCUUCUGUAGAUCAAGUACAUACUUAAUUUUAAAUAUGUCUAGAAGACUGCUCUCCCUCUAUAAAAGAAUUUUGAGAUGAUAGCUAUCUCAGAUUUUCUCAUUUGGUUUUAUCAUGAAGUGUAUAUCACUAGGUUAGCUCUGUGUUUCUUUACUUUGAAAAUAAAUGUUGAGUGAUAUUUGAAAUAAUAAUGGAAAAAUAUGAGGAAAGUGUAGCUAUUUAAAACAGACUCUUUUUACUGAGUUACUCUUGUUAGCAAAACUAAGAUGAUAACUUUUAUUGUGGGUAUACAAAUAACAAGUUAUAUAAGUAAAUAUUAGUUUUUAUUAUAGCUUUAAUUAUUUGUAAUUUUUUAGUUUUUGACUGUUUAAAAUAGUUUCCCAGGAAAAUUUUGGAUUUCUGAAUUAUGUUUCAGUUAUUUGGGCAGCAUUCAUGUUCAAAUGUUGCAACCAACCAAAAAUUGGUUUUACUGAAUAUAAAAUUUCUGUCAAAUCACAAAUGUAUAACAUAACAUUAGACAUGUGUUUUUAUAGAAACAAGUUUUUGAGGAAUCAUAGGUUUGGAAUUUACAAGAGCAAAUUCUGAAGGAGAUAUGAUUACAGAAGCAUUUUCACUAUAGCUAAGCAGAGGUUAUAAUUCACUGAAGAAGGGACUGCUUUAUAUUUCAUAGUACUGUUAUUUAAAAGGAAAACAGAAUUUUAAAAAUCUCUUCAAAUGUUUGACUUCUUGCUACUGGGAGAAAUUAAAGUUCUUGGUUAACUAAGUAACCAAAAAAGUUAAAAAAUAAUGUUUCUAUCCCUACCCAGAUUUAGCCAAACCAUGAGGUUGAGAGCACUAUUCAUUGACCCAACACUUCUAACCCCAACUUCAAGGAGUUAGGGUUUGACUACAAAGUUAGAGGAAAGAGGCCACACAAGACUACUCACUUCUGACACGAACUGCAGGUUUGGAGAUUGCAGGGGAGGGCUCCCCAAAUAAUGUCAGAUUCAAAAAUUUGCUUGCAGAAUUCACUAAAACCUAUUAUAUUCCUAGUUACAGUUCAUUAUACAGUUUAGCAACUGAACAACAACAGAUAGUUCAUUACAAGGAAAGAGUACAGAUUAUAACCAGCCAAAGGAAGAAAUGCAUAGGGCAAAGUCUGUGAGGGUUCUAAAAGCAAAGUUUCUGUUGUCCUCAAGUUGCAUUGCCAUCCUUGCAUCAAUGUGUACAGUGUUGCCAAUCUGAAAAGCUCACUCCAGUUUUAAUGUCCAAAAUUUUUAUUGUAUCUUUCAUAGAUAGACAUGCUCAGUUGAUUGCCCAUGUGAUUGUUUCAGAUGGAUUGAUAAUAUCAUAUGACCCCGAAGACUCAUCCUAAAUGACAUGGUAGGUCUUUUUUAGUGCAGCCAACCCCUGCUCUAAACAAGGACACUCCUAUCAGGUAUGACAUCGAGUGCCUCCGUGAGGCUGAAGGCAAAGGCAGUUUCUCUCUUUGGGCAAGACCAGGUUCUUUACUACACAACAUCUGUCACCCGAAUUCCCCCAGUAUUAACAAUUUUUCUGUAUCUACGUUAUCUUUGGCUCUCACACUCCCCUCUCUCCUCCUUUUUUCCUUCCUUUUCCCCUCCCUCCUUCCUUUUUUGUACUCUUUAUCCCUUCAUCUCUCUUUUCCUCAUUUUACCCCUGUCUCCCUCUCCAUCUACUCUCUUCCUCUCAUCCUUUUAUCAUUUCUAUUUCUCUACCCUGUUUGUAGCCUCUCUCUAAAAACAAGUCAUUCUCUGUUCUUUUGUAUUACCACAGUUCAGUUAUCAAAUAUUAAGAUUUUGCCAAUUGUCCCAGUGUCUUUUUACGGCAACAGAAAAAUCAGCAUCAAGCCUUACAUCCAGUGGUCACCUUACAUUCAGUUAAUCUCUCUUUGGUUGAAAACAGUACAUCAGUCUCUUAGGAUUUCAUGACAUCGACCUUUUUCAAAAGUGAAGAUCAGAUAUUUUGCAGUGUCCUUUUAUUUGGACUUGUCUAAUACUCACAUUUUCAUAUUCAAGUUAUGCACUUCUGGCAGGAAUGUUGCAUUUGUCCUGUUGCAUCAUAUCUGAGGUUAGGUGAUGAUGUUGAUAUGGCUGGGCCUUUACUGGUGGUGGUAACUUUGCUUACUUGUUUUAAGUGGUAUUUAUAUGGUUUUUCCACUGCAGGAUUACUAUUUUCUCUUUGUAAUGAAUAAUUAUCUUGUGGGGAGAUACUUUGAGACUGUGUGAAACUGUCUUGAAACUUUCAUGCACUAGUUUUAACAUUCAUUCAUAAUUCUUACCUGAAAUAAUUAUUGCUAUAGUAGUUUAAAUUAUGAUUUUUUUUUUUAAUUUCAGUUUUUCUACACUUAUUAGAUGGCCUUUUAGAAUAAGGGAAAAUCUUACAUUUUCUCCUAUUAAUUGAGCUUUUAAAUGUAUGUCAGUAUUAUCUCAUGGAUACUUCUCUUUUCUCCUUUUCUAUUACUUUUUAUUAAUUGGCUAUUUUUUAUUCAUUUUAUCGAUUAUUGGAUUAUAAGAUUUAUUACAGUAUACAUCUCAAGUAGUAUUUAUACCACUUUACAUAUGGUCCAAACACCUUACUGUAGUAAAUGUUAACGUUUCUCCCCAUGCUUUUGUACUAUUGUUUAUAUACAUUUUGCUUCUACAUUUAACCCUGUAGUGUAUUGUUAUUGAUUUUACUAUAAUUUCUGUUUGUCUCUGUAUCAUGUUUAUGUUUUUCUCUAUUUCCUAGAACAUUAGUAGCUGUUUUAAUGAUCUUGUCUGCAGUGAUUCUCUUGGGGCAGUUUGUACCAACAAGGUAUAUUUGGCAGUGUCUAGAGAUAUUUUGAAUGUCACAUCUGGGGAAGAUGUUGCAUCUAGUGGAUAUAGGCCAGGGAUGCUGCUUACUUUGGUUAAUGGAAGCCCCUUCAAGUUGUUUCCUGUGUUUUUUUGGCAUGUAAGUCCUUUCUGUAGUAGUGAGGAAGGUGGUUUCUUAGUUUCCACAAUAUAUUUAUUUUCUCAGCCCCAGAGUACACAGUUCAGUUCAAAAUUGCUGGUUGAUACCUCUGCAAAACACAAGUUUAUUAGUCAAACUAAUUUAUGUUUGAAGUUCUUUUUUCUUUAGCCUGAGGGCAUAUGGUUUCAAAACUAAGUCUGCAAGUUAUCUGGGAUAUUGUUAGCAAAAAUGGCUGACUAAGGACAUCCAAAAAUUACCUUUCUUCUUUAAAAGCAGUGGAGAAAGCUGUCCAUAGUGUCAGAAUUGAUGUUUUCAGAACUGCAGAAUUAACCAAAAGCUUACUAAGGGUUGUUAUUUAUUAAAAAUGGCUGAAACUUGAUACAGAGAGUAUCUUUGUGACAUUUUAACUUGCUCUAUUCUCAUCCCCCACUCCCCAAGUCCAUGGUGUCUUGAAAAUCAGCAGCCCACAAUCAUGAUGAAAACCUGCAGCCUGACAGAUACUAGAGGCGCCAGAAAAAGGUUGGAACUUUUUCAAAAACACAUUCCCUGAGAAUUAUCUUUAUUUGACCAGUAAGGUAGUUCACUGGAAGACCCGAUGGCAAUUCUUUCUUUAUCUAACUUGGCUAAGAGCUUACCCAGUGUGAAAAGCCUUUUUCCUGAGAUCAUUUUUUGAAAUCAGUUAGAGGCAAUUGUUUAACAUCACAACUUCCAAAGGCAGUGAAUAACAGUUGGGGAAGACAAGAAGUUAAUCAAACAGCUUAAAAGGAAAUCUGGAAAAUUCACUAUCCUUAGGAACUUUGAUAAGUUUUGACAUAUUUCCUGGAAUUAAGAAAGUCAUAUGAAUGACAGAAUUAUGUGCACGUUCAGGAAAGUGCUGAGAAGGCCCUAAACCCUCACUUCUGGUUGACUUUGGGAGCUCUACAUAAGCGGGAAGUGAUGGCUAGUGUGGAAAUGUCAACUUCCUGGCCAAGUGUUGAAGGUGUAUCCCAACAAAAGGCUCUCAACAAAGUUAGUGAAGUAUUAGUUCCAGGCAUUAAGGGAAUCUGUCCAGUUAUUAGCAUACCACUAAGCAAAUGAUUUUUGGGGCUCCAAAAUCACUGCAGAUGGUGAUUGCAGCCAUGAAAUUAAAAGACGCUUACUCCUUGGAAGGAAAGUUAUAACCAACCUAGAUAGCAUAUUAAAAAGCAGAGACAUUACUUUGCCAACAAAUGUUUGUCUAGUCAAGGCUAUGGUUUUUCCAGUGGUCAUGUAUGGAUGUGAGAGUUGGAAUGUGAAGAAAGCUGAGCACCAAAAAAUUGAUGCUUUUGAACUGUGGUGUUGGAGAAGACUCUUGAGAGUCCCUUGGACUGCAAGGAGAUCCAACCAGUCCAUCCUAAAGAUCAGUCCUGGGUGUUCAUUGGAGGGGCUGAUGCUGAAGCUGAAACUCCAAUACUUAGGCCACCUCAUGUGAAGAGUUGACUCAUUGGAAAAGACCCUGAUGCUGGGAGGGAUUGGGGGCAGGAAGAGAAGGGGACAACAGACGAUGAGAUGGCUAGAUGGCAUCACCAACUCGAUGGACACGAGUCUGAGUAAACUCCAGCAGUUGGUAAUGGACAGGGAGGCCUGGCAUGCUACGAUUCAUGGGGUCGCAGAGUCGGACAUGACUGAGCGACUGAACUGAACUGAACUGAAGCCAAUGAAGCAGAGACUUUAGUGACCAUAUACAACAAAGAAUACAGAUUUCACAAAAAUAGUUAAGAAAAGUCACUAGACAAACAGCAACAAAAAAUAGCAACAACAAACCCUAAGGAGAAGAGAAUACCUGAUUUCUAGAGUUGGAACAUAUAUUAUUAUUUAAAGUGUCUAGUUUUCAACAGAAUGUUGUCACACAUUCACAGCGUAUGGCUCAUGUACAAGGAGAAAAAGCAGUUUCUAUAGAAACUGUCCCAAAUAGGCCCAAACUUUGAAUUUAUUUGACAAAAACUUUAAAUAGGCUAUUUUAAAUGUGUUCAAAGAACAAAAGGAAACAAUAUCUAAAGGUCUAAGAGAAAGUUUGAGAACUAUUCUUACCAAAUAGAGAAUAUCAGUAAUGAGAUAGAAAUUAUAAAGAAGAAAGAAAAAAGUUUAGGAAUUGAAAAAUACAUUACUGAAACAAAAAUUUCAGCAGAAGCGUUCGACAGUACAUUUGAGCAGUUAGGAAGGAUUGAGUGAAGCUGACAAUUGAUCAAUUGAGAUUAUCCAGUUACAGGAACAGAGGGAAAAUAAAUAAUGAACAUAAAUAGACUCUUGAAGACCCAUGGGGAUACCAUCAAGCAUGUUAAUAUAGGCAUAGUGGGAGUCUAAUAUGACCCCACAUUUCCAAUCAUAGUUAUGUACCCUCAAGAGAAUUGAAAACAUAUUUAAAGGGAAAAAAAACGAAUGCACAUGUUCAUGGGAGCAUUAUUCAUAAUAGAGAAAAAGAGGAAAGAACCCAAAUAUCCCAUCAGCUGAUGACUGGAUAAAUGAUAUAUACAUGCAGUGGCAUAUUAUUGAGCCAUUAAAAAAGAAGGAAGUAUUGAUACAUAUUGUGACAUGGAUGAAUUUUGAAAACAUCAUGAUAGAAAACAUACACAAAAUAGAGUUCUGUUUAUGUGAAAUGUCUAGAAUAGGUAAAUGCAUUGAGAUCAAAAGUAGAUUAGUGGCUGCGAAGGGCUGAGGGGGAGAGGAAUAGGGAGUGCCUGUUAAUGGAUGUGACAUUUCUUCAAGGACUGGAUGUGUUCUGGAAUUGGAUAUUGUAGUGUUGGUUGCACAACUUUGUGAAUAUACAAAAAUCCACUGAAUUGUGUGCUUUAUAAGGAUGCAUAUUACUGUAUGUGAAUUGUAUCUCAUUUUUUUUAAAUAAUAAUAAAACUUUACCUGGGUUAGUGUUUUUUUUUUUUCCCCACUCUUCUUCCUUCCAUAUAGUACUUCAUUUGAAUUGCAUUUUAGUUCAAAUAUUUCUGACUGUAUUUUAUUUUAAGGAUUAUUUUCUCUAUCCCUGAUAAUUAUAUUUAUUUUUUUCUUUAUGUAUGUGAAACCUUAAUAUUGUUCUGUGUGUUAGAGCUGCAUAAAACAGUAUACUCAGAGAAGUGGCAUCUCUGCUGUUCGAAUUGUUUAUUUCCUUUUCAUCCCAACCCCUCCCUCCCCGUGUAGAUUAAUCAGUCUCAUUUGUCCUUAGUGUAUUCUUCCUGUGUUUUUAUUUGCAGAUUAACAAAUAUGUAUGUUAUUUUAUUUCCCCUUUCUUACAUAAAAGUUGACAUUUUCUA